GCGUCCGGUGCGCGCCCGCGGGGCGGCAGCGCGGCGGCCCGCGCCAUGCGCGCGGGCGCGUGUGGGCUACGCCAUGGCGGGCGCGGCUCGGAAAGCGCCGGCGUUGGGGCUGCUGCUGGCGGCGGCGCCGCGGGCGGGUUGCGCUGGGGAGUACGUGGAGCUCAGAGGGGCGCGCUGCUGGGAGAUCGAGGGCGAGUACCCGCUGGGCGGGCCUGGCGAGGCGUGGAGCGAGGAGCUGCUGGACUCCAGCAGGGCCCUCUGCGACGCCGCCGGCGCGUCAUGCUGGGGGCUGAUGCGGUACGUCGGGACGGGCCAGGACCCCGGGGAGCACUGCCGAGACUGGUGCGGGCGCCCGCAGUUCUGCGGCCCCACCGCGCAGGGCGCGCUCGGGGCGGGCCUGGCGUCCAACGCCGCGUGGGUGAGCUACGUGAAGGCAGAGUACCUGCCGGCGCUCGGCGUGCCCCAUGGGGCGACGCCUGGCAGCCGCGGGCCGCCGGACGCCGGGGGCCCCGGCGCCGUGCUGGACGAAGGCGAGCUGGCACGUGAGGUGCCGUGCGGCGACUUCAGCGCGCGGCCGUGGGACGGCCCGCAGGACACCGAGCCGGGCGUGCUGCCCGUGUUCUCCGCGUUCCUGAAUCACACGGGCUGGGGCGCCAGGGCGAGCGACGCCGCUCCCUGGACGUACCACGUCGGCCCGCCCCACGACUUCCCGGUGAGCAGGCUGGGGCCGCAGGGCGAGAAGCGCCACGGCGGCGUGCCGCUGUUUCCCGCCGACGCCGCCCUGCAGCUGGGCUCCGAGCACGUCCACGUGGAGGCCGCGUUCAAGCACUACCACUUCACGCUCCUCUGCGGGGACUUUACGGGCGAGCCCUUCCCGCCACAGGCGUUCGUCUACUCGCUCGCCUACGCCGCCUCGGCGCUCGUCCCCGAGUUCAUGCACUGGAAGGCGAGCCGCCAAUUCUACCACCUGCCCGACGCUGCGCAGGGCUACAAGACCCUGUACAUCGAGGGGCUUGAGGCGUUCUUCACGGACAUGCUGACCAAUCCCGCGAAGGAGCAGCUACUGGAGUUCAAGCACACGUUCCUGCUGCUGUCCCAGCAGCUGUUCUGGUACAAGUACAGGGAGCGGGCCCGGCGGCGGUCCGCGGCCCUGCAGGGCGCCGCGCCGCGCCCCGAGGGCGGGGCCUCGACUGCGGCGGCCGCGCGAGGAGCGGUGGCAGUGGUGUUCUGUGGCAUGAGCCGGCGCAGCGCGCACGAGCUGCGGCAGGUGCUGCGGGACACGUGGGCCAGGGCCAUUGCCGACGCCGCGCCCGCAGUAGUGCAGCGCUUCUUCGUGGGCCGCGCGGAAGGCGUGCCGCUGGAGGACGGUCUCAGGGGCGAUGUGGUGGAGCUGCCGGUGCCAGAGUCGUACCGCGCCCUCAACAUCAAGGCUUUCAGCAUGCUGUCCUGGGCGUACCACGCGUUCCCCAACCUGCAGUGGCUCGUCCGCCACGACGACGACGUCUACCUCCGGGCGCCAGCGCUGCUGGCGCAGCUGGCGGCGCGGCCUCCCGUGCGCUACUUCUGGGGGAUGAUCGACCAUGGCUCGGCACCGGUGCGGGACCCCGGGCACCAGCAUUACAACUCCUACGAGCAGUUUCCCGAGCAGCGGCACCCUGCCUGGGGGGACAUCUUCCCGCCGUAUGCGCGCGGCCUGCUGUGGGCGAUGUCCGUGGACCUCCUGGCCGCUGUCGUUGCGGAGUUCCAGGAGGACGUGCCCCCCGGGAGUCGGCUCGAUGAGGUGGCCGCCAACCAGAUAGCACACCCCGACGAUCCAUCGCUGGGCGUCGUCGUUAGGGCGCUGGUAGCGAAGAGGGGCAUGUCCAUCAACCUCGACGACCGGGAUUUCAACUCGUUCUCGUUGAAUCCUUCGUGCAGUUCGAAGUUUUCCAGCAUGCAUAACAGAACCUGGGUGGUGCACCACGUCAAAGCGGAGACCAUGCACUGCAUGUGGAACCUUGACCAGGCAGCCGCCGCGAGUGCGAGACCCGGGAACUCCGCGGCCGACGCGUCUCAGCGUGAGUUUCCCGACCUCUGCUUGUGUGCGACCGAGGUGGACGAGGAGGAGGAUAUGGACCCCGAUGGCCUUCCGUUCUGGUAUGAUAAGACGCGCUUCAAUACAGCCCGGUAA